UUUCUGAAAAGAGAAUUUGAUUUGAGAAUAGCAGAGAACUGAAUAGCAAUGGGAAGAGAAGAAGAGAUCUCAACCUCAUCCUGCAAAGACAUUCCCAAUCUCCUAUCAUCAUUUGUUGACACCUUCGUGGAUUUUUCAGUCAGCGGUCUCUUCCUUCCUCCGCCGCCGCCAUCUCCUCCGCCCCUCCCAACUCGCCUUCCCUCGUCGCCUCGCCUGGUCGCCAUUGGCGACCUCCACGGCGACCUCGAGAAGUCCAAGCAGGCCUUGCGCCUCGCGGGCCUCAUCGACAAGGACGAUGUCUACAUCGGCGGCUCCACGACUGUGGUGCAGGUCGGGGACGUCUUGGACCGUGGUGGCGAUGAGCUGAAGAUCUUCUACUUCCUAGAGAAGCUAAAGCGUGAGGCGGCGCGGAGCGGAGGCAGAAUCAUCACCAUGCACGGCAAUCACGAAAUCAUGAACGUUGAGGGCGAUUUCCGCUUCGCAACAGAAUCCGGCAUUGAGGAAUUUAGGGUUUGGUGGGAGUGGUUCCAAGUUGGGAACAAAAUCAAGAGCCUUUGCCACGGUUUGGAAAAGCCGAACGACCCAAUGAGAGGCGUUCCCUCGUCGUUCCGCGGAGUGAGGAAAGAGUUCCAUGAUGGGUUUCGGGCCCGGGUCGCGGCUUUGCGGCCCAAUGGCCCAAUUGCAAAAAGGUUUCUGUCUGAGAACGUCACCGUUUUGGUCGUUGGGGAUUCUAUUUUCGUGCACGGUGGAUUGUUGACCGAACACACUUCUUACGGUUUGGAGAAGAUUAACGAGGAGGUUCGCGAUUGGGUUAAAGGGUUGACCGGUCACUUUGCGCCCCAGUAUUGUCGGACCGCAGAUAGUCUUCUAUGGUUGAGGAAAUUCUCGCGUAGCAAGGUGGAGCAAUGUGAUUGUUCCACCCUUGAACAUGUUUUGGCCACGGUUCCUGGUGUUAAGAGGAUGAUAAUGGGGCACAGUAUUCAGAGGGUUGGAAUUAACGGCACCUGCGACGACAAGGCUAUCCGAAUCGAUGUGGGUUUGUCGAAGGGGUGUGGUGACGGUUUGCCUGAGGUUUUGGAGAUUACCGGAAAUUCCGGGUUAAGGAUAUUAACGGCCAAUCCCUUAUAUCAGAAAAAGGCUACGGUGGAUGUUGGAAAGGAACAAGGGCUCGGAAUGUUGCUUGGGGAACAGGGUGGACCCAAGCAAGUCGAAGUCCAGGCUUAAAGAAUGAUAGUGGAUUGCGUAUACCAUCAUUGAUUAGUAUGUCAUUAUUUCCAAUCACUCUGUAUCAUUGUAGACUAUUAGUAUGUUUGGAUUUGCUUUUGAAUUUACACAUCCAUAUUUCAUGUAUGAAAAAAUGGCAAUUAUUUAAAAUAUUUUCAACUUAAGUUCA